AUGAAUCGUAACAUUUUAAAUGACGAAGAAUUAUUGGAACUUCUUUAUAAUACUAAUUGGUCGGAUAGUGAAGAUGGUUUGGAUGUUUCUGACAACGAACAAGACCAUCAUGUUAUAAAUAUUCACGAAAAUGUUGGUAUUCCUACUUAUGACAAUGAUGAAGGUAAUUUGGAUUUAUUGGAUUUGCCAAUUGAAAUACAAUGUAACUCUGGGGAAACAAUACAUUUACCUUCUGUUUCUACAUCAAAUUUAACUAAUCAAAAUCAAUUCAACGUUGUAAAUUCAACACCAAGGCGCAGUGUAAGACAUGUAUCUACCUCCCCAUUAGUGAAUAAUUCAACAGCUAGUACCAAUGAAUCAUCAAAUCCAAAACAAACAGGUAGUUUAGUCACACCUUCUGCAUGUCUAACAUUUAUUGAACCUACACUUCCUCAUGAUUUGCAUUUACUUGAAACACCACUGGAUUUCUUUGCUUAUUUUUUCACUGAUGAGCUUCUUACCAAAAUCAAAGAAGAAACUGAAUUGUAUGCUGUUCAAAAGAAUCCUAACAAACCAGUUACAUUAAGUAUUAAUGAAAUAAAAAGGUAUUUGGGAAUUUGUAUUUAUGCUUCUGUACUGCAUGUGCCAAAAAUUAGGGACUAUUGGUCCGCUGAAUUGGGAUAUCCUAUGAUAUUUAACGCUAUGAGUCGCAAUAGAUUUGAGCUAAUUAAGAGUGUUUUACAUUUCAAUAAUAAUAAUAAUAUGCUAUCAUCAAAUGACCCAAAUCGUGAUCGCCUUCAUAAACUGAGACCUCUAAUUGAUUACUUGAAUAAUCGCUUUUCUUCUAUACCUUGCAAACAAGCUUUAUCUUUAGAUGAACAAUUAUGCGCAACUAAAGCACAAAGUUACAUGAAACAGUAUCUUCCAGAUAAACCACAUAAGUGGGGGUUUAAAUUGUUUGUUUUGACAGAUACACAAGGAUAUGCGUAUCGUUUUGAGAUUUACUCCGGCCAAGAAAACAAUUCGAUAUUUCGACACCCCGAUGAACCAGAUUUCGGAGCUUCGUCAAAUGUAGUGGUAAGAUUAUCAAGAAAUGUUCCGGUCAACAAAAACCAUAUAAUGUAUUUUGAUAAUUAUUACACUGCUAUUCCAGUGAUGGAAUUUUUAUACAAAAAAAAUAUAUAUAGUUUAGGAACAGUCAGAAUAAAUCGUCUUCCUAACUGCCCUUUACCAGACAAAAAUGGCGAAAAAAAAAUGAAAAGAGGAGAAUCUAUAGAGUAUAUCACAUCAUAUGAGUCCUCGCCUAUUUCUGCAGUUACAUGGAAAGACAACAAAGCGGUUAAGCUAUUAUCGACAUACUGCGGAGAAAAUCCGAAAUCGAAAAUGACCCGAUUUGAUCGAUCUAAAAAGACUAAUACAGAAAUCGACUGCCCAAUGCUUAUAAGUGAAUAUAAUAAACAUAUGGGUGGAGUCGAUUUGUUAGAUAGCCAUAUAGGAAGAUAUAAAAUACGGUUCCGCAGUCGCAAAUGGUAUAUGCGCUUAUUUUACCAUUUAAUUGACCUUUCUGUUGUAAACUCGUGGUUGCUCUUCAAACGAGUAAAAGAGCAACAAAAUGAAAAACCAGAAAUUGAAUUACCGGAUUGGAGAAAACAACUGGCUUGCGGUUUGGUAAAAUCUGGAUAA